AUGGCCCUCUCCACCGUGAGGCAGCGACGUUCUGAACCGUUUGAUCCGUCGCCGUCGCAACCGUACACGAAGCUGGACAAGCCUCAGCAAUCGGAGGAAAAAGACGACAAAGGGUUGGGGUGGCUUUUUCCGUUCGUGGCUCUUGGAUUUUUGAGGUACAUGAGUGCCACGUCCAACAUCAUCCACGAUUGCGACGAGGUCUUUAAUUAUUGGGAGCCCCUUCAUUACCUUCUCUACAAAACUGGCUUCCAGACAUGGGAAUACAGUUCUCAGUUUGCUCUCCGGUCAUAUUUGUACCUUUUAUUUCAUGAAAUAGUGGGUCGACCAGCUUCAUGGUUGUUUAGUGAGGACAAAGUGAGAGUGUUCUAUGCUGUGAGAUUCUUUCUCGGUCUUAUCUCUGUUGUAACUGACACUGUUCUCGUGGUAGCACUUUCGAGAAAGUAUGGAAAACGACUUGCUACGUAUGCACUUGCUAUGCUGUGCCUAACUAGUGGCUGUUUCUUUGCUAGCACUAGUUUCUUGCCAAGUUCGUUUUCUAUGUAUGCAAUAUCUCUAGCAUCAGGUUUAUUUCUUCUGGAAAAACCUGCUUCAGCAAUUUCUGUUGCUGUUAUUGGUGUAAUACUUGGGUGGCCAUUCUCAAUCUUGGCUUUCCUUCCGGUGACACUAUAUUCUCUAUCUAGAAAAUUCAAACAGGCAUUUAUUGCUGCGGCUGUUACAUCAGUUAUUCUUCUUGCAUUGUCAAUAGUUACAGACUUCUACUACUAUGGAAAAUGGACUUCAUCUGUCUUGAAUCUUUUAAUAUACAACGUAGCUGGAGGCGGUGAAAGCCAUUUGUAUGGGGUUGAAGGGCCUCUUUAUUAUCUGAGGAACGGAUUUAACAAUUUCAACUUUUGUUUUGUUCUCGCUCUGCUGUUCUUGGGAAUGUUGCCUAUUGCAAAGAAGAAAUAUGCACCAGACCUAUUGAUUGUGAUAUCUCCUAUAUAUAUUUGGCUGGGGUUUAUGUCUUUGCAGCCACACAAAGAAGAAAGGUUCCUUUAUCCAAUAUAUCCACUUAUCUGUGUUGCUGCUUCAGCUGUUAUUGAGAGUUUCCCUGAUCUUUUUCGCAGCAAAUAUAAUUCUCAUGACCGUUCUAUAAUAGUGACAGUUGCCAAAGUUAUGAGACCAGUGGCUCUUAGCCUCAUACUAUAUGCCUCUCAUGCCCGUACAUUUUCUUUGAUUCAUGGUUACUCAGCUCCCUUGGAGGUUUACAAGAUUUUGGAACAUCAUGAUGCAGAAAACAAUUCUGUACUUUGUGUCGGAAGUGAAUGGCAUCGGUUUCCAUCAUCAUUUUUCAUCCCGGAUUAUGUAGGACAGGUUCGAUGGAUUGAUGAUGGAUUCCGUGGUCUUCUUCCCUUCCCUUUUAAUUCUACCCUAGGGGGGACUGCAGCAGCUCCACCGUAUUUUAACAACAAAAACAUGGCAUCAAACGAGCAAUAUCUCCAUGAUGUAGAUGCUUGUACUUUCCUUGUUGAGCUACAGCUCAAACGGCCUUACCUGACUCGCGGAAGUGACUUGUCAACAUGGGAGCCUAUUGCUGCAUUGCCUUAUCUUGACAGAGAGCUUUCACCAACUUUGUAUAGGUCUUUCUUCAUUCCUUACCUUUGGCAAGACAAGAAUGUUUUUGGCACAUAUAAACUGUUCAAAAGAGUACUGCAAAUGCAGCAGGGUGAUGUUUGUAAACUUGAUUCUGAGUUAGCUUGGUUUUGGUGA